AUGUCCCUCGACUUCUCAAUAUCCCACACCUGCAUCACCACGCAAGUCAUAAUUGCAGGCGAUACGCAGGCCAGAUUUGGUUCCUACAGGUUCCUUCCCAUCUUUUUUUGCAUCGGAGGUGUCAUGGAGUGGAUCAUGAUCAAUGUGAGGAUAGGAAGAGAGACUUUCUAUGAUGUCUAUCGAAGGAAACGUGCAGAGCGGGAGUACCAGCAGAAGAUUGUGGAUGGUCAGAUAGUUCUUGAUCAGCCUGCAGCCAAGUGAAUAAU